AGCUAUUGACCUUUAAGGUCGAUGUACAAUUUUAACUCUAAGAGAUGCCGAGGGCAAGGUUUUUUAAACCGAAGCGUUGUGACAUCAUUAGUGAGAUUUCAGGUCCCACUAACGUCGUUAAACAUGUACAUGUUACUUACGACCAGGAGACGGGACAGUUCCAUGGGAUACCUGAUUAUUGGAAAGAAAUGAUAGAAAAUUCGAAUUUUUCGGCUGAAGACCGAAAAAAUAAUGCCGAUAAAAUUCUUAAUGCUGUAACCGCUUUUAAAGAGUCUCAGAAAACUAAGUACUUGGGUUUUGAAGGCUUGGAAAGUGUUGAAGAAGAUGAUGAAUUGGAAAAAAAGAUGCGGAUGUUUAUUUUAAAUCCAAAAGAGGAACAGAAAAACAAUACUACUGCCGCAUCUUCCCAUCUAAAGGCCAAGCUUACCGCACCUGCAAUCGAGAGGAAGAAUGGUGCUGUCACUCCUCCCUUACCUCCGCCAAAGCCAUCAUUCAGUGACCUCAAUAAACCGGCGGCUCCCUUACUUCGCAAACGUGUUCGUAGAAAACUUACAGACGAGGAGUUCUACUCUGAAUUAAAUUCCGUAAUAACUCAUGAAAACCCUCGGGAUAUAUAUUCAGUUGAAAGUGAACUUGGUACAGGUGCUUCAGGUACUGUUCGACUGGGUCGAAAUAAAAGAACAGGACAAAUUGUAGCUAUCAAAGUGAUGAAACUAGAUAAACAGCCUAAUCGUGAUUUAAUCGUUUCUGAAAUCGCUGUAAUGAAGCGCAUACGACAUGAGAAUAUCGUCAAUUACUUAGAAUCUUAUUUAUUAAGAAAUGAAAAUCAACUAUGGGUUGUAAUGGAAUACCUGGAUGGUGGUGCAUUGACAGAUGUAGUCACUGAGACCGUCAUGGCUCCAGAUGUAAUCGCUGCUGUUGUUCGGGAGUGUGUAAAAGCGUUGGUAUUUCUACACGAUCAAAAUAUCAUACACAGGGACAUAAAAUCUGAUAAUGUACUACUUGGGAAGCAGGGUCAGGUCAAGGUCACUGAUUUUGGAUUUUGUGCUCAGCUUGGUAACCGUCAAAGCAAACGUCAAACCAUGGUCGGCACUCCUUAUUGGAUGGCUCCAGAGGUUGUUUCGAAAACUGCGAAUUAUGGGCCUAAAAUCGAUAUCUGGUCACUUGGAAUUAUGAUUAUUGAAAUGUUGGAUGGAGAACCACCUUACAUGAAUGAGCCACCAUUAAAGGCAAUUUACCUCAUCCAGACUAUGGGGAAACCUAGACCAAAAGCCAAGAACUUGCAUCCGAUGCUCCAAGAUUUUCUGGACAGAUGUUUAGUCGUGGAUCCUGUUAAAAGAGCUUCUGCAAAGGAACUGCUUAAUCACGAUUUUUUCAGGCACGCAGGUAGCUUGUCCUCUUUAGGACCGCUUAUUCGUGCAGCACGAGAGAGCCUGGGAAAAAAGGAAUGAAGGCGCCUGGCUUAACACUUAGCACCAUUCAUGACGGAGCUAAACGGCAUCAUACACACCGAACACAAUAUUUCUGUCUGCUUAUUCGGUUUCACAAAGAUAGCUAACAGGAAUAAUAUUUUUAUUCAAUCACUUAAUUUUUACAACUUCGAAUCUCUCCCACAUCAAUAUUUUUUAUGCUUUAACUCAAGUUUUACCUACAAGCUUAAUUUAGUUUUUAACCUAUACUAACCUGUAACUGCAGGAUAUUGGCUGCUGUUUUUUAUUAAUUCAAUCAAGUCUUUCUGUUGCUUUGCAAAUGCAUAGCGAAGCAGCUUACUUCGAUUUUUUAAAUGAUCAUUAUUAUGUAACCAUGAUUUCUUUGUGUAAUAAUCUAUUAUGCCUGAAAAAAUAAACGUACUAAUGACUUUCUACAAUAAUAAUAGACCAUUUUUGAAAUACUUUAUAU